AUGUACGGACGCUCGCACUCCGACGAGAUGAAAGCCUUGAAAAAGGCAUGCCGCAAAGCCAACCGUCCAGCAAUCAGACUGCCUGCGCUUCGCACACCCGAUAAUCCACGCGGGGAAGGGACGCGCCUAAUAAAAGGUCAUGCCGCAAUCCAGGCAGAAAUAGCACGCGAUAACGCGAAAAUAGAGGAGUACCGGAAACGAGAACCAAACUCUAUAUGGCGACAGUGCGAAAACAUGCGGGGGCAGGAGCUAAAAGACUUCUUGGAUCGGCACGCGAGACGGCAGGAAAACCAUCGGAAAUACACUGCCAGCAAACGAAACCGGGAAAGAUUGUUUGAGCUGGAGCGACCUGGAAUGACGGCUAUGUACCUGCUCUGGGCCGCUGAUAUUGGGGAUAGAGUCAUACCCAGCGCAUUUGCGCUCCCAGUGGAAACAGAAGUUGAAGGGAGCAUCGACGAGGUCAUAAUCGUGGACAUCUCCGGGUCGCGCUUGGGAAGCGUCCUCCUUAUGAAAGAGUGUGGAACGAUGGCAGCGUGUUGUAUCCGCCAGGGGUACCUGCCUUGCUCAACGCAACACAUCAACGCUGUCGUGACCUUGCGCAUACUCGAAGUUUGUCGCCAGAUGACGCUGGAACGACCGAAGCUGAGGGCUCAUGUGUUCUAUCGAAUGCUCUGCGAUAGGACCGACCAUCCCCACCAGUCUUACCGCGCCAAGCAGUUCAAAUUGGCUUUUGACUCGUAUAUGGCUAUUCGUGCUCAUGCCGAAGGACAAGGCCACGUCCUCCCAUCUCACUCACUGUGGACUAAAACGUCCGAAAACGACAAGGAGAGUAUCCAGAGCUGGUUUACGAACCGCAUGGACGCACUACCGCUCCACUCAAAUAAUACCACGUGA